GUCAGCUGUCUGCCUUGCGGAGUGCGUCAUUAUUUAUUGAGUCAAUUUGUUGUGUUUUUGUUUUCUUGUCAGUGAAGUGUCUAAUGUUUCAGUUAGUUUAUGGUCCGAGUUCUAAAUAUUAACAGUCUCGGAUGAAGACACGGAUGUACGGCACUUUGAUUGAGGAUGUAAAAUGGUUCAAGAGACUUAGCGGAUUUCACUUUUAAAAAUAAAAUUUAAUUUCCAAUCAUGGCCCAGGGGCAAGGGACGAAUGACUUGCCAAAGAGUAAUCAAAUUGAUCAGAUCAUAAAGAACAAUAAUUACCAAUUUCAUGAACACCAUUUUCCCAAGAGACCAACCCUUGAUCUCACAUUCAAGGAUAUUACUUACACCACUCACUCAUGGAGUAAACUGGGAAGAGUCAAGAAGCAGAUUCUACAUGGAGUCAGUGGAGAAUUCCGUAGUGGGGAGUUAACUGCUAUCAUGGGUCCAUCAGGAGCUGGCAAGAGCACACUGCUCAACAUCCUAGCUGCCUUCACGAUGGAAGGCAGCACCGGUUCUGUGAUGGUGAACGGGCAGGACAGAAGUGAUGUCAACAUCAAACACUACCUGAGAGUGUCCUGUUACAUACAACAAGAUGAUGAGUUGAGGCCUCUACUGUCCGUGGAGGAGGCCAUGAUGAUGGCAGCUCACCUCAAGCUGGGCUACAGUGUGUCCAAUGUGGCCAAGUGUCAACAGAUAACAGAGCUGCUGUCUAUGUUGGGAUUGUCCAAUCAGAAGAAGACUCUAACCGGAAGACUCUCAGGAGGCCAGAAAAGAAGACUGUCAAUAGCUUUAGAACUAAUUACAAACCCACCGCUUAUAUUCCUCGAUGAACCUACUACAGGGCUAGACAGCAGUUCUACAUCCUCAUGUGUCCAGCUGUUGAGAGACCUAGCCAGAGAGGGACGCACCGUCGUCUGCACCAUUCACCAGCCCAGUGCCCUGGUAUUUGAGAAGUUUGACCACCUGUAUGCAGUAGCAGGGGGACGGUGCUUGUACCAAGGUCCUGUAUCUCAACUCGUGCCCCGCUUUGCCUCCCACGGUCUCGUCUGCCCCAGGAGUCACAACCCAGCCGACUUUCUGAUUGAAGUAGCCGUGGGAGAAUAUGGAAAAGAUAUUUCAUACCUGGUAAAAGCAGCAGCCCAAGAUAACUCCAACCCUUCUGUCAAUGAGACUGAAGUUCCCUCACAAGAGAAUGGAUUGCCUUUCCGUGUGCUCAAGUCUGGUAAGCGAACAGCUGCUGAGAUGAUAGAGUACAGCUCUUGUCAACCAGAACCGGCUCCUCUGUGGGCUCAGAGCUAUCAUCUGUACGCUAGGAACAUCAUCAUACUGCGUCGCAGCCUGGGGUCGUUUGCUCUGAGGUUCGUGAUGCACAUUCUGAUUGCUCUGCUCUUCGGCUACUUGUACCGUGAUGUCGGGGAGAGCGCAAGUACACUGAUGGCGAACUACAUCUUCGUCUACGGCAGCAACCUGUUUCUCCAUUACACUGGUCAAAUGGCCGUCAGCUUAGCUUUUCCACUGGAGUUUAAAAUCCUCUUGAGAGAGUACUUCAACAGAUGGUAUUCACUGGCUCCUUACUGCCUCUCAGUGGUACUUAUUGAAGUUCCCUUCCAGUUGCUGUGUGCAUGUGCCUACCUGUUCCCGGCCUACUACCUGACCGGCCAACCCAUGGAAAGCAUGAGAUUUGGGUACUUCCUAUUAUUCAACGCAGCAAUCUCAUUGACAGCGCAGGGAUACGGCUUCAUGAUUGGUGCUACGUUGCCGGUCGGGAUCGGAGUGUUCAUCGGCCCAGUCCUCACAGUGUUUCUCAGUGUGUUUGGCUUUACCAGUCGGUUUUCCGACAUCCCGAGCUACUUCCACUUCCUCUACCAUCUCUCCUACUUCAGAGCUUCAUUUCAGGGUUCUUUCUACUCCCUUUAUGGUUUCAACAGAUCCACCCUGGCAUGUGAAGAAUACUACUGUCAUUUUAAAACACCAUCAAAGUUCCUCAAAGAGAUGGAGUUUAAUAAUGUCAACAUCGCGUUAGAUGUUAAUUACAUUUUACUGUGCGGUGUGGUAUUUUACAUCCUUACCAUAUACUCCGUGUGGUACAAACUGAACAAACGAUAACAUGUUAGACUGGUUUUUCAGUAUUAGCUUUAUAUGUCUUGCCGUUUAUUCUGUAAAUAAAGAGUAUUGUUUUUAGAAGUUUUCAGAAGUUUGUAAAACUGUACUGACUUUAAAAGUUUAGUAUUUUAAAAUGAAGUAUUAUUAAUCUUUCAAUAGAUAACUGACCAAAGGUUUGAUGUGUAACUUGAAGGAUUCCCUGGUGAGUUUAUUCUUUUAAUUUUAGAGUUUGUAGAUCAAGUAACAGUAAUGUUACGAGAUGUUGGGCAAAAUACACUAGAUUUUUAAAAUAUGAAAAAAAAACUCAUUUGGUAAAAAAUAAAUAUGCUAAGAGCUAUAAUUUUGUGUCUUCUGUUAAAUAGGAUUGAUCGAAAUUAAAUAAAUGUUAUACUAAUAUUUAUUUAUGAACACUAGAAUAAAAAAAGUUUUCACUCAUUUUUUACAGUAAAGUAGUUUGAUAAUUUUUACAGGAUUUAUUAAGACCUAACUCAACCCUAAAUGUUGUUUUAAAGCUUUGGUUAUUGAUAUGUGAAAUUAUUGUAUACCUGUUUUUUCCUAGAGACCCAAAAACAAACUUGGUUCUGCUUAAUUCACCAUGAAAAGCAGUAUAUCCUUAAAGUAUGAGAUAAAAAAUGUAUACUAUACAGUAGAAACUAAGUUAUUCAAUCAAAGUAAUUCUUGCCAUUUAUAAUAAGUUCCUUAGACAUAGAUGAGUUGAGUAUUAUUGUAAAAGGCAAUAUUCAAAAUUUACUUUCAUGUUUAAAAACUACAUUAGAAACCCCUUUUAUUUUUAAUUUAAACACAUUAUUACCUUUUAACUUUUCCAGGCAGAAAAGCAUCUUGAAGUGCCUUUAAUAUUGUUUUAGAAAAAUUUAUAGAUGUUAACCACAGUCAUGUUACGUUUUCUCAAAUUAAAUAAAGUUUUAUUUACACAACUUAAGAGACGAACUAAAGUUUUUAUCAAAUAUAAAAUAUAACUUGAUUUUAAACAAAUCUCUAUUUAAGAACCAAGUUCUUUACUUGCCAGAAUAGUUGAUACAUUUGUAUUAUUUACUUAUUACUCUUAUUAGUUUAUUAUUCUGUAAAUAGUUCGUAAGUUAGGCAUGAGGAUCUCUGUUAAGGAUAAAUAAGUAUUUAUUUUUGUAAAAAGCUUUAAAUAGUUAGACUUAAGUUAUUUGCGCUACUUAACAAUAUAUUCAUAAUUUUACAUUCAUAAAUGAGUAGUUUUUGACAUUUAAAUUUUGGAUUUAGUAAACUGAAAACAAGCUUUAUUCAAGUAUUGUUUUAGUAGUUUAAGUAGUAUGGAUGAAAAAAAUUAAUUAGUUUUAUACAUUAGCUAAAGUGGUCACCGCUUGAAUUAAUUAAGGUUCUUGACCUUUAAUAAAAACACAAAAACUAACAUAUUUUCUUGAAAAGUUAUAUGUUAUUGUUGAUCCAUAUUCUGCUAAAUGUAUCAUAAAUUUAUGAAGAAUCCUACCUAAACUAUCAUCUAUGUAAACAAUCAGACAUGUAUUAAAAAUGUAUUAUAUUUCUUCCAAAGAAACUAUGAUGUUUGAUAUUAAUUAUAUUCUACUAAAACUGUAAUGCAAAUUUGUGUACAUUAAAAUUGAA